AUGUUAGGAUAUUCUUUCGAGUAUUAUUUCAAAGGAUGUUGUAUAAAUCAAACAUAUUAUCUACUUAAAUCAGGUAAGGAAGACUUCCGAAGUGGUGUAGUGGAAAUUUAAAGUACUAUAGAAAACAUAGAUGGAUAAAAAAAGAUUUCUAUUUUUAGAAUGAUGAUGAUUAUAUUUACUUUGUAGCACUAAAGUAGGCAAAAUACAACAAGGAAAAUAGAUUUCUAUAAUUUAUGUUUUAAGUAACAAGAAUACUUAAUGUUUUGGAUUGAAUUCACUAUGAAAAAUAAUGAGUAUAAUUCAUUCAUCUUAGAGAAUAGGAUAUUAUUUAUAUAUGUUAUUAGUUCAUCCAGAACCUAUUGUCAUAAAAAUGAGAUCUAAUUUAACAUUAUUUUCAAAAAUUUAGUGAAUAAUAAUCAUCUCAAAUGUAGGUAUGGAGUUCCAAUCAAUCAAUUAAGUAGUAAAAUAAUGUUAAAGUACACAAAUAUAUAAGAAGGUAUAUUCGAUGAGGAUGUAUAUUUCAUAAUUUAUAGAGACAUUUUCAGUGGUUUAUAAUGUAUGAUGGAGUAGAAAUUCAAUUUUAUUAAUCUUCACAAUUUUGAUUGA